UCAUUGAGAUCAUAUUUAUUUUUAGUCUGUGUAGCCUAAUGUUGAUUGAAACUAUUUUCGGUUUCGCCAGAGUUAAUCACAUAAUAUUUAAAUAUAUUGGAAUAGUGUUUUAUUAUUUGAAUUUUCGCCAUUAAUUUGAGUCAACGGUAUAAGAGUUUGGCAGAAAUACUAUAAUGGCUUCACGUUCCGGCAACUGCGCAGUGACAAGUGACGAAAUCUCUGACAUAUUAGAAAUUGAGGACGAUGUGAAAGUAAAGCAUGGUACGACAAAAGGAAAUUGGCAAUGGGAAUAUACCCAAAUCAAUAUUGCGGUGAUAGGUCAGGGUAAAUCCGGAAAGUCAUCUUUUAUCAACCACAUCAGGAAUGUUAAACCUGGUGAUAGAGAAGCAGCUGAAGUUGGCGUCACUGUAGAAGAGAACGUUGCGAGAGAAUAUCAACAUCCAAACAACCCAAAAAUUUCGUUGUGGGAAUUACCUGGUCUUGAAAUUAAAGAUGUCAAACAGAGCACAGACUUUGACAAGUACGAUUUUUUCUUGAUAUUGUCUGAGAAAACAUUUAUGGAAAUUGAGAGUUGGAUCGUCACGGAGAUUUCAAAGCGGGACAAGCAGUUUUACUUUAUCCGCACUUGCGUUGGACGAAGUAUUAAAGAAACUCCCGGCGCCCACAAUAAGUCAAAGAUAUGUGAAGAUAUAAAGGUCAGCUGUAAGUGCAAUCUCGAAAGAAACGGGAUUGAUAAUCCAGUUAUAUUUCUCAUUGACAGUUAUGAUAAGGUAAAUAACUAUUUUGAAUUUGGUGUUUUACAAGACCAACUGAUAACCGUUGCAGAAUCAACAAAACAAGGCGAAAUUCCAUUUUCCUUUGACUUUGAAGACACAGAUUUAUUGAUGAAUACAAAGAAACAAAUGUUAGCCAGCAGAAUAUGCCAAAAGGGAUUAGAAGCGGCACGCGCUAAAUCCACAGUCGAGACAAACAGCAUUCUAAAACAAGAAAUCAUCUUACAACAACGUAUCUUCGGCAUAGACAGAGAAAAUUUGAAUAAAUAUCAAACCACAUUCCAAUUACCAAGUAACAGUGUCGAAAAAUUUAUGAUAGUAUUCGACAAGGAAACCGAGAUGCCAGAAUCGAAUGUCAUAACUCUUGUCGAUGGUUACCGUGGCUUCGCUGGUGUUUUUCGGAAAGGAGCAGAUAUUUUGGUGCGAACAGCACGAAGGGACGAAAUGAGUUAUAUUUAUAAACAGUGCGUAAAAAUUCUUGACGGAAGUUUACAAAUGGUAUUUGAUUGCAGAGACGGGUUGAAGAAACACGUGUUGACUCACCUUCUGAGAGAGAAGAGAAAAGAGAAACUGACAAGAUAAUUUACACAAACUUAUACCCGCUCUAUAUGGUGCUUUAACAGUAAAUUUUCUAAAAAUACCUUCGAGAUAUCCUUUUCCGGAGGACCGAUCAUCGCUGACACGGUUGUAUUAAUUGAUAAAAAUGCUGCAAUUAGUCUGAAUGCAAGAACGUGUAUGAAAUCUCUAUACUGUGUGAUUGAAAUAAUCCUAUGAUGCUGUUUAAAUCCUGAUAUUUUUUUUUAUAUUUCCGCUUAUAGAGUUUGUUGAGUUGCUGGAUGAACUUACGAAUGCGGUAAUAAUUCGCCGGAUGUGACUUGAAUGUAGUUCAUGUAAAUAAAUAGUGACAUUUUCCUGUCUGCUAAAGACUAGGUAUCAUCUUGGCGCUUGAAUGUAAAUAAAAGUUGGGGUAUAUAUAUUACAAAUGUAAAAAGGAAAUGAUCUUGAACUAAAUAAUACUCGCUAUUUGUUGUUAUGGUUACCAGUGUAUGCAGUCAUGGAAAACCUAACUAAUAUAUUUACUUCAGGCAUUUUAACAAUAAUUUCGUGUAGUAGUCAUUUCACUUAAUCCAAAUUUACUACUCAGUAAGAAUUAUUGACAGUCUUAAUUAAUUCCAGAGCUAGAAAUAUUUUAAAAUCGUGUUAAAACAUGACGUUACGGAAAAUUGCAGGUCAAAUAUUUUGGAUAGGAAGCAGUUGUUUAAUUGAAGACAUUCAAAUGUGACUAUAAAUACCAUAAAAUAUUUUGUUAAAAUGCGGCUUGUUUUUCACAAAAAAGCACGAAUUGACAGAAAUAAAAAUCCGUAUGCGCUGGAUGGAAGUCCGAUUUCGUAUCAUACAUGUGCCUGGAGUAUUUUCAUUAAUCAUCACCUGAUAGAUAAAUAGUUGUUUGUUUCA